CUAGGUUUUGUUACUUUUUCCUUGCUGUUUUGUUUUGUUUUCCCCUUGGCCAGUUUUCAUACAACUGCAUUCAUUGUUUGUGACAAUAGGAAGCUCAUAGGAAGUUCUGCACAAAUGUGCCUAAGAGCUUAUGGUGUUGGAGCACUGGAACAGGCCAUCCAAGGCGGUUGUGGAGUCUCCUUCUCUGGAGAUAUUCAAGAGGCACCUGUGCAGGCUGGUCUAGGGAGCCUGCUUUGGCAGGGGGUUAGACUAGUGAUAUCUAGAGGUCCCUUCCAGCCCCUUCAAUUCUGUGAAUCUGUGUGAUGGCAUGUCUGGAGGUGGCUGUGACUGAGUAACAUGUUACUGCUGUCAGAAGGAGCUGGGCUGUGUGCUUCUGCUGUCUCCACUGAACUGUUGCAGGUGGUGGAGCACCAGAGCCAGCAGCAGCAGGAGGAAGCAGGAUUGCAACCAUCAGUAGCAGCAAGCCCAGGCAUCCUGGAAAUGUUGCCUGAGCUUGGAGAACCUUACAGUUGGGUGGAUCUGAGCUGGAUGCUGUUGAGAAGGGCUGUGGUCAGUGUGAGGUUGACCAGUGCGACGGGAGUGUGGGAUAUGGAGGAAGCCCAGAUGAAAGUGGAGAAACAACACUGGAUGCAAUGAUUAUGGAUGGCAACACUAUGGAAGUUGGGGCAGUUGCAGAUCUCAGACAUGUGAAAAAUGCAAUCGGUGUAGCACGAAAGGUCAUUGAGCACACUAAGCAUACAUUGUUAGUGGGAGAGUCAGCCACUCUGUUUGCUGUACGCAUGGGGUUUCCAUAUGAAGAUUUAACUACCCAAAGAUCACUUUCAAUAUAUUCAAGGUGGCUUAAUCAAAGCUGUCAGCCAAACUACUGGAAGAAUGUGGUACCAGAUUCUUCAAAGUCCUGUGGACCAUAUAAGCGGCUUGAAAAAGUUUCAUUUGAUGAGGGGACCAUUUCACAAAGAAACAUUCAUAGUCAUGAUACUAUUGGUAUGGUUGUAAUUGGAAAGAGUGGAACCGUUGCAUCUGGGACAUCUACUAAUGGUGGCGUCCACAAAAUUCCAGGCCGUGUUGGAGAUUCUCCAAUAGCUGGAGCAGGAUCCUAUGCUGAUAGUACAGCUGGAGGAGCUGCAGCCACUGGAGAUGGUGACACCAUGAUGCGCUUCUUACCCAGUUAUCAAGCAGUGGAAUAUAUGAGGAUGGGAACAGACCCAACAGUAGCCUGUCAGAAAGUUAUUUCCAGGAUUCAGAAACAUGUUCCAGAGUUCUUUGGUGCUGUUAUUUGUGCCAAUACAACUGGAAGUUAUGGUGACCCAGCUAAACUCUUCCCAGUCACAUACAUUCACAGUGAGACGCUGGGACCACAGGAUGCAGCCAUGAAGGCUGGCUUGCACAGCAGCGUAGCUGUGGAACCAACAGACAAGACUACAGGAUGUGCCCUCGGAGGUUUUCAAGAUUUUGUCUUGACAGAGAUAUAGCUGAUGGCCAGAUCUAAAGUUUGCGGCAGUCCUUCAACCCAGAGACUGAACUAAAUGAGCUGUACAAGUCUCUCCAAAUAAAAAAAAUUCUACUAUGCAUCUGCCUUACAAUACACUGAAACAAAUUAAGAGCAUUUGCAUGAACAAGUAUGUUCUCAGAUGUAAGAGAAGUAACUGAAACAAUAGGAGUACAGCCAUGAUUAUACUCUUAGUUUCAAUUCAUUGUGAACAGAUGCGGUCCAUGAGGUAAUUUUAAACACUUGUGCAGUUACAGAUGAUUAGGGUAAGGUGGCUGCAUGAAAAAGUGUUUGAAUUAAAGAAAAAGAAAAACCUUACCUAUUAGAAAACAGGCCAUGAAAUCUUAUACUUACUUGAAAAUAGUUGCACCGAGUUUCAGUGGGUAGAGGACAGCAAUAAAACAUCCUGCCCUUGUUUUCUCCGUCCUUCCUCACAGUUCUGAGUUUGCAGAGGUGACCGUGUUUACUGCAGCGAGGAGGGCCUGCGCUCAGCGUAUGAAUAUCAUCUGUCGAAUUAACUUGAGGUUUGCUGUAAUGACAGGUUACAAAAUGACUUGUGCAUAAUGCUAAAGGGAUUACCAACACCACAGCCAAAGAACUCACUCCUACUGUUAUUAUGGCACGCUCAGUGCUUAUUUGCAUACAAUGUCAGCUGAAUAACUUAACUUGCUUCUCUAAUGUAGACUAUUGCUCCUUUAAAGGUGAAUGAUUACUGAGAGUGAAUAAUCUAAAAAGCAUUACACAAACUUUGCUUGGCAAUAGCCUUUGUUUUAUGCUAUUUCAAUGCAUUCCUAAAUUCAGCUGCAAAACAAAACAAAUCAUACUUCCUCUGUUAUACCACCCACCCUAAAUCUCACCACAUUUUAAUUGAACAUUCUGCUUUCAGUGGGAAAAAGAUCAACUUCAAUUAAUUAGUCAGAGUUGAAGGUACUUUGUAUGCUUCCCAGAAUUUUCCUAUUCUCUUUACUAAAAAAUUACUGUAAUGAUUGUAUUCUGACAAGAAGUAAUCUGGCUAAGGGGAGGGAACAGUGCUGUCUGGGUGGGAUAAAGUUUAUUUCUUCCUCCCUCUUGAUUGAGAUAGAGAUUAUGCGAAUGCAAUACACAAGGUUUUACUUAAGUAUUCUUCUUCAUGUUACCAUUUCUAUGCUCUUUGAAAUAUUUCUAAUAUGUUUAUAGAGCAGAAAAGCAGUGAUGAAGCCACAGGGGAAAAAGAUCAAUUAGUUAUAUUCAUUCUUGUAAAGUUUUCAACUUAGGAAAUUUGUCUGGAAGAUUAUAGUCCUGUAGACAGCAAAGUUUUAUUCCAAUACCUCAUUAAAACAUUCUCCCUACCCCUCAUCAGGAAAACACAAAAACAAAACCCCACAAAGCUCACACAUUUUGUGGUACAGAGUUUUUUGUCUUGUGUAAUGCCGAAGUUAGUGGCCCUUGAUAACUACCUGCUAUUGUGAUUGAUAUCUAAUUUAUUCCUUGUGCUCUCUUAUUCUCAUCCCAUCUACAUCUUCCCUCUGUAGUCUUCUGAGACAGCAAGUAAAAUACUUAUUCACAGAGUAUCGACGUACUAGCAAGGUCCUGUUUCAAAACUGGUUCUUCAAUGCAAUAAAUAACUUCUGUACUUCAGAACAGACACAGGACUGAGAAUGCUGUAGUGUAUCAGAAACAUCUUUUACAUUCAUCCUCCAUAAUUUACCACCAUCAGUGAAAUCUACCUUGCACUCCCAUUACUGCUGUAUAUGUCUGCCCAAGUUUUCCUUAACAAUCCUAUCACGUUCUCACAUUUCUCUUCACUGGAAGUGGAUGUGUCUGAACAAACUGCAACUUAAUUCAGGAUAGGUGGAGCAUUAAAGUAAUUCCGUAUGGGAUAGGGAGAAGAGUUAAGAGAAAAUAGCAACAGUAGGUUCAUUAAGUUACCUUGAACAGAAGUUUGUAUUAUGAAAAGAAGCUGAAAAUUGCUAGCUGACAAAUACUUUCAACUAAAACAUACAAGUAAUUCAGUUACUUUCAUUAUGGUCUGAGAAUUCACGCAUUUUAAGUAAGAUAGUAAAUCCGUUUCUAGCAUCUCUAACUUAUUUUUAGAUAGCUAGCACAUUUUAAGGAUGUUCCAUCAUCUACCCAUUUCUUUUUAGGUUAUAAUUAAGAAACAUAUUGAGCGUACAUUCUUUUGCAAAUAAUGAAAGCAAAAGACUAGAGAUCCUGUGUUCACACAAGGAAAACAAGUUAAUCAGGGUAGUAGAGACAAAGCAAUCACCUGCCUAGUAAGUACUUUAGAAAGGAUCAUCAGUUUGCAUAUUUGUAAUCUUUCACAAUGGUUUCAAGAUCCCUCCAAACAAAUAGUGAAGGCAAGCAAUGAUCAGAGAACUCCUUUGGUAGAACUGUGCUAGUUUACCUACUUGAGCAAAUCUUUUUUAUUCAUGAGAAUACCUGGACUAUGAACAGCUGUUCAAUUAACAGCAGUACUGGACAGGUGCCAGACUCAGGACUUCCAGCUACAGCCUGGAUCCUUCAGUGCUUUUGAAGUUUCAGUGUAGUUUUAGUUACUCAAGAGGAAAUUACCUUUGGCAGAAAUCCAAAGACAGCACUGUGUGAACUCCACAGCACAAUAUUUCAUUCAUCUUCAGGGGUAAAGAUUGUUUAUAUAAUUACAAAUAAAACUCAAAACUUGAUUAUAUUUUAGAAUACAUACCCAGUUGUUACACUGUGUUGGUGAACAGAAGGUACAUGAUGAGUUUUCUGCUUCUUCUUUAAGGGUUUGAAAGAGAGAGGCUGCUGGCAAGAAGAUGAAGCCACAGAAGUUACAUUCGCUGAGCAAUAAUUGUCUAUACUACUUCUUCCAGAGGGGUGGAUGUUAUUUUGAUUCUGGCUAAAAUUGCCUUUUGGAGUAACAUACUCAGAGCAUCCAUUGGAUACUUGGAUAUCAUCUUUCAACACUGCUUUAUUACCAAGAUCUGUUAGGACAAGAGUUGUAUUUCCAAAUGCAGCUUGCCUGUUGAUCUUUAUUUCUGUGCUUGGUUUUCUGAAGUCAUUACAAGGAUAUUUCAUGAGAUAUCUGUUAAAGUCUG